AUGUCUCUUGAAGAUUUCACCCCCUCUAUGCUCCUCAAGAUCGCCUCGGAGGCUAGUACCGACAGCCCCCUCACUAAUAUUCUUCUUUUGAAGAAUCACGGGGCCUCCGCGCUCCUGUCCCAGAUCCUGCUGUAUACUGACUUCCUCUCUAACAACAACAUCUCGCCCCUCCUCUGGUCCGUCAUGCAUCGCUUCCAUCCCCUCACCCUACUUUUACUCGAUACCGACAAGGGGAUUGAUGUCAAUGCACAGACAACAGAGGGGCAUACAGCACUACAUAUGGCAGUUAUCUAUGGCGAUAUUGCGAUUGUGGAGCUGCUACUGGAGCAGGAGGGAGUGAAUGUCCACAUUAUGGAUUUCUAUGGACAAUUGCCGCUGCAGUAUGCAUUAACGAAGGAUUGGAAGGUGAGUAAGGCGUUGGUGGAUAUGCUUGUAAUGAAGGGAGAUGCGAAUAUGCAUGAAGUGGGUUUUGGGAGUUUGGGACUGGAAGAUCAGUCGAGGGUAAGCGAGGAUGAAAGUGAUGAACCAAUUGAUUUGUGGGCGUAUAUUAAUUUUGAAUGA